AUGCCCUCCAACGUUCGCCCACUCACGGGCAAGGGCAAACCACACACUGCAACAGAGACACGGGUGCAGUCGGCGAAUCGUUUCCUCACCUACUUUUCCGCCGCCUUCAUCGGGUUCUCCCUCCUCUGCUCCCUGGCACCUUCCGGGUCAUCUAGCAACUCUGUGUCUUCCAGUGGGCCGCGGCGAGGGUUCUACUCAACGCCAUCUGGACGAUGUGAUCCCUUCUCGCUCCCUGGAUGGGUCGACUGGUCGAUCGGAACCAACGACCUCCCCGCAUGGCGAACCUUCGACCCUGCCUGUACCACCUCCAACCUCCUCGGUACGCUCAUCUCUACGCUCAACAUCCAACAACCUGAUCCUAGCAAGAUCGCACCUCACGCCGUCCACUCGCUUCCCGCAUCGAGCAGCAGCGUGGAAGAGCUCUCCGCCUUCCUCACCAACCGCACCGUUCUCAUGAUCGGUGAUCACCAGGUGGACAAGUCCCUCGUGUCGCACUUUUGCGCUCUUACGGGUCACACAAUACAGACCGUCGACAAGACGCACCCGUGGGGAUCCAGUCUCAACUCAGUCCCGCCUAAACACGGUUUCACUCCGAUCAAGAACAACGCUCCUCUGGCGCAUUACUGCUACAUUCCGGAGUACGAUUUCCUGUUGACAUCGGUGUAUUCGUAUGGUGCGGAUAUGUCGGAUUCCUGGCGAGGGGAGGAUCUGUACAAUGCACCGGGGUUGUUCGAGGAUAGGGUGACCGACCUGUUUGCACCGUACAUGAAGGAUCUAGCUUCCAGCUCGAACACCAGUCCGGCGAUGCCGUUGCCGAGAAGCAAGAGCGAGCCGGAUUUGAUACUGUUCAACUCGGGUUUGUGGGAUUUGGCCAGAUGGGCGAGGUACGACAUCGAUACGGGUGUCGGGUUGUUGGAGAACUUGUCCGAGGAGAGGAUCAUGUGGUGGAGAUCGAGGAUGAUCGAUAUGCUGGGUGCGGUGAGGAAGGCCUGGAAGAAGACGAGGAUUGUUUGGAGAAAUACGAGUUAUCCGCUAGCAUCCGAGGCGAGCACGGUGGAGGCGUUCUUGGGCAUCGAGGGCGAGAGGAGGAAGAACCACCCGUUGUAUCAUGCGAACAGGAUUGCACAGCUGAACGGCGCGCAGAGGUCGGCCUUGGAGGUGCAUGGUGAUGAUGUGGUCAAGGGAGAGAGGGCGAGGGGGGCGAGGAUGCCGGGUGAUGUUGUCGGGCUCAACUUUGCGGAGGUGCUGAUGGGACAGGAUCAGCAUUCGUUGAAUCCGUUGGCUCCGAGUCAGCUGCCGUGCGGGGCGCUGUUUGCGGAAAUGAUGCUGUGGCAUCUGAGAGAUGCUGUCAAUCCGUAA